GCGCCCCGGAUCUUAGGGGAGUUCCAGCGAUGAUGCCAGCUUGUCAGCUUUGCGACCGCGAUUCCUUCCUUCGAUCGCGUCGCCUCUCAACGUUCGCCUUUCCUUUCUCCUUUCGUCCCUGCCUCCAGUCCUCUUCCGCCACACUCACUGCCUCCAAUUGAAUCGACCGUCCCAUUCCCGACCCUUUCGUUCACCGACCAGCCAGCACCUCGAUUGGUCGCAGUUAUGGCGCGCGUCAAGCAGGCACGGCCCAUACAGCGGGAACUCUCGUCAGAGUUCAUCAGCAAGCACGACCGACCACCACCGCCAGGCGCGGAAAAUGCGAAGGCCAAGGCCGAGAGCAGAGCCGUGGCGGCGGCAGACACGCGCCCAGAGGCGGGGGUGGUGCAGCUCAUGGUUGCUGUCGCCGGCAUCUACGGCUCCUUCCUCACCUGGGCCUAUCUCCAAGAGAAGCUCACGACGACGCCGUACGGGCCCCCGGCCGCCCCGGAGGUGUUCAAGUUCCCCGUCUUCCUCAACACGAUCCAGUCGGGCUUCGCGGCCCUGACCGGGCUCGUCUACCUGGUGGCCAGCACGCCCAAGGGCAAGGCCGUGCCGCCUGUGAUACCCGCGCGGUCCAUGCUAGGCCCGCUGCUGCUGGUAGCGCUGACGACGGCGCUGGCGAGCCCGUUUGGCUACGCGAGCCUGGCCCACAUCGACUACAUCACCUUCCUGCUGGCCAAGUCGUGCAAGCUGCUGCCCGUCAUGUUCCUGCACGUCACCAUCUUCCGCAAGCGCUACCCCAUGUACAAGUACCUCGUCGUCGCCGCCGUCACGGCCGGCGUCGCCGUCUUCACGCUGCACAGCGGCAGCAGGAAGGGCGGCCACAAGAAGGCCGCCAGCGCCGCGUCCUCGUCGGGCCAGACGGCCUGGGGCCUGCUCCUGCUUGGCAUCAACCUGCUCUUCGACGGCCUGACCAACGCGACCCAGGACCACAUCUUCACCGCCUUCCGCCCCUACUCGGGCCCGCAGAUGAUGUGCGCUAACAACCUCAUGGGCGGCGCUGUCACCGCCGCCUACCUGCUGCUGAGCCCCUGGCUGGUCGGCACCGGCCUGGGCGAGUGGCUCGGCAUGGACGCCGCCGGCGGCGCCGGCGAGCUGCAGGCCGCCCUCGCCUUUAUGCGCCGCUACCCGUCCGUCUGGACCGACGUGCUCGGCUUUGCCGCCUGCGGUGCUGUCGGGCAGGUGUUUAUCUUCUACACCCUGGCCACCUUCUCGUCCGUCCUCCUCGUCACCGUCACCGUGACGCGCAAGAUGUUCACCAUGAUGCUGUCCGUUGUCGCCUUUGGCCACCGCCUGACCAGCAUGCAGUGGCUGGGCGUCGGCCUCGUCUUUGGCGGAAUCGGCGUCGAGGCCGCCAUUGCGCGCCAGGAGAAGAUGGCCAAGGAGGCCGCCAAGAGGGACAAGGCCCAGUAACUACCGACACCAAGAUACAUUCAUAUGUCCAUAUAGAACCAUCAGAUUUCUUCUUUUUCUCUGUCACGUCCCCUCGAUAGAUCUUUUUGCUUUCUUUUUGCCUAUAAGGAAUAAACAAAGUCAGACACAUCUACUAUCCAAGCUUCAAGAGGUAGGCUAGGCACCAGGGUGAUGCUAAUACGCAAAACUUCAACUCUCGAUUGGUCUGUAACUUGUGUGCCAAAGCCGGGCUUUGUUGCGGUGGCUUUUUUUGUCAGUCGGAUUACUGUAAUUAGUGUUGGUUUACCCCUGCGGUGCUCGUGCGCCUUUCGGAAGAGGAAGCGAGGCUAGAGAUCGGCCACCUCGAUACCCAUAGAACAGCGCCUACGAGUAGAAGGCCGACCAUCUAGAGAACUAUAUUCUAUUUAUAUAAACCCAACCUUUUAAGCA